AUGCCGUUGCGUCACUGCGAUGAUGACCUGGACCAGGGGACCGUGACGCGACCGCGACGCAGAGGGUAUCGCGAACGACGCGGCAGUGGCGGCGGCGGCGGCUGUGGCGGCAGUGGCGAUGGCGGCGACUGCGGCUGCUGCUGCUGCUGCUGCGGCUUAGCCGCGACGCCGGCGGUCGACUGGCGGAAGUGCGACAGCCAGGCUGAUGCCGGCCAGCCGGCCGUCGGCGAUGGAGUCGUCAGCGUGUGUGUGUGUGCGUCUGUCUCAUCCACACAGCAACCAACUUCGUUCGCCUCGUCGUUUCGGCAUGCGACAGUCUUGCUCAGCGCUCAUGAAAACAUCAUGUUCACUGCAAAAUAG